AUGUCUGCUUUCUUUUCCAAUCUCCGCCUAUUCCCUGCUAGGGAUCUUGGAAGCAAUGGCAAACCCACUCAAAGUGAAAUUGUACAUGUUUCAAUCAAUGCAACGGGCUCGCGUGUCAUAAACACCCGCACAGAUCGUUCGAUUCGAAUCUGGCGGUCUACUGUAUCAUUGACAGACCCCAUUGUCAUUGAAAACCCCCACAGAGGACCCGUCACGUGUAUCUCAUGGAACCCUGCUACUGAAACGUCUUUUGCAAGCGUUGGCGGCGAUGGAGCCGUCAAACUAUGGAAAGGUCUGGGCCAUCUUGAACGUGAGAUCAAAUUGGGAAAAACUGCCGCUCAUUUGGUGGCGUACGCUCCAGAUGGUGAUGUGAUGGCAGUAGUGGCCGAUGGCAGCAUUUCCAUCUACAACGUCGCCAAAGGUUACACGAAAAUAGCACACGACAGCCGCCCUAGCAAAAUCAACGCGCUUCAAUGGACAAAUAAAGGCCACAACGUUUUCGCCACGGGCCAUGACGACGGAUCCAUAUGUUUUUGGCGCCUUGACCUGAUGGCCAUUGAGCUUUUAUAUACGCUUCAGGGCCACCAUUCGCCUGUCACGUGUAUGUGCCUUGAUCCUAGAGGGAGAUAUCUAGCUUGCGGCCUGAGGGAGGGAAUUGUUUCAUUAUGGAACACUACAGACUUUACAAACCUCGGUGUUCUUUCUGCAGUAGACCGAGCUAUCAGCAGCCUUUCUGCCAGCCGAGACGGGACGUAUUUGGCUGUGGGUUACAGCGAAGGGGCCGAUGUAAAAAUUUAUGAGUACGAUACACUCACAGAAGUUCACAAUGCACCAAAAAGUCAGGCAGGGAAAAUUGGUGGACAGGCAGCGUGGUUUCCAAAUCGGACAGCGUUGAUCAUUGUGGUCGAUAAAGGACAAGUGAUGCUGCUCGCUAAAAAAGAGGUGAGCUAG